GGUCCUCAUCUAUCGUUGCUGAAGUAUUUUCCACCACUAAUGAGGGUUCACAAGAAGAGGCCGUUACUCGCAAGAAACAAAAAGGCUGGAAAGGUCCACCGAAAGUGGAGAAUAAAGAAGCAAAAGGAGGCAAGUCGGCUGUAGCUUCUGAUGAAAAUGGAAAUGACAAUCUCGACGACAGAAAGAAGAAGGAAAAGAAAGGUGCUAAGAAUCGUACACCUUCUGCAGAUGGGCCAGAUCAACCCAAAAACAAGGAGACAGAACUGUUGGAUGCAAAUGAUAAUAAACAAGGUAACUCCCAGCAUCAGCGUCGUAAGUCAACGGCUAAUACUCCUGAUUUAUCUGGAAAGAAUAAAAGUCCAAACAAUAAUAACGUUGAUAAGUCUUCUCAUCGCCGUGGUAAAUCAAUGGCUAAUGUCGGGGAGCUUCAAGGAGCUACAUCUAAAAAUGGUAACGGAAAAAUUAAAGGCA